UUUGUUACCUUUUAACAGAGCUAAUAUGAAAAUAUUUGUUUUCCUUUUGUUCUGUUUUAACCAGUUCGGCAAUACCUGCUACUGCAACUCAGUCUUACAGGCACUUUAUUUUUGCCGUCCAUUUCGGGAAAAAGUUUUGGCAUACAAAGUGCAGCCCCGAAAGAAGGAAAGCCUCCUGACAUGCCUCUCUGAUCUCUUCAACAGUAUUGCUACGCAAAAGAAGAAGGUGGGAGUCAUCCCACCCAAGAAAUUUAUUUCCCGAUUGAGGAAAGAAAAUGAAUUGUUUGAUAAUUAUAUGCAGCAGGAUGCACAUGAAUUCCUGAACUACCUGCUUAACACUAUUGCGGAUUUACUACAGGAGGAGAAAAAGCAGGAGAAACAGAAUGGCAAACUCCAGAAUGGCAGCAUUGACAGCGAGGAAGGAGACAAGACUGAUCUGACGUGGGUCCAUGAAAUCUUCCAAGGAACACUAACCAAUGAAACCAGAUGUCUUAACUGUGAGGCUGUUAGUAGCAAAGAUGAAGACUUUCUGGAUCUAUCGGUUGAUGUGGAACAAAAUACAUCAAUUACACACUGUCUGAGAGGCUUUAGUAAUACUGAAACUCUAUGCAGUGAAUAUAAAUACUAUUGUGAACAGUGCCGCAGUAAACAGGAAGCACAGAAGAGAAUGAGAGUGAAAAAGUUGCCCAUGAUUCUAGCUCUGCACUUAAAAAGGUUCAAAUACAUGGACCAGCUGCAUCGAUAUACCAAACUCUCCUACCGUGUAGUCUUUCCCUUGGAGCUGCGGCUCUUUAACACUUCAGGAGAUGCUACAAACCCUGACAGAAUGUAUGACCUGGUGGCUGUGGUUGUUCACUGUGGCAGUGGUCCAAACCGUGGACAUUAUAUCACCAUUGUGAAGAGCCAUGGCUUUUGGUUGCUGUUUGAUGAUGACAUUGUAGAGAAAAUCGAUGCCCAGGCUAUUGAAGAAUUCUAUGGGUUAACAUCAGACAUUUCCAAAAACUCAGAAUCUGGAUAUAUCCUCUUCUACCAGUCAAGAGACUAAGAAAAAAGAUAAAUGUGUAAAAAUAAAAGGAAAAAAAAAAAAAAAAAAGGGGAUCAACAUAUGUCCAAAUGGAGCGUAUUUGUGACAGCAGAAGCAGUUCCUCGUUGUUGUUGUAGGACCAGGACAGAUCCAGCAGGGUGAAUAAAGUUUUCUCUCUGCCAUUUCUUGGAGGAUGAGUGCUGACUGCCGUAACAAGAAGAGCUUUUGCUCCAGUUUUCUUUCUGGGCUUUUUUUUUUACAUGCUAUCUUCCAAAAUCUGUGUUACCUCUACUUGAAACCUGGCUGCUUAUUUGUUCAUGAACUGAAGAAGAGUUUUAAAAGUAGCUUUGUAGAAUUUUUACCGUUUAAUGUUGGGCUCAGGCUAUACCUUUGUUUCUAUCAUCAUCGUUUUUCUGUAUUUUAGCAGAAUGAUUUCAAUAUUCAGUGUCAGCUGAAGGCAUAUUUUAGGAUAUGAACAGCAGCUGGUUGCUGGAUAUUUUUGGUGACUCAGACUUGAGAAUCAGUACAAAGCUAAGACAUAUUGGAAAUGUCAAGUCUGUAAUUUAAAAA